CCAACCUAGAAAAAGAAGCUUCUGUCUGCCGAUUGCCGAUUUUAAAUGUUUAUUUUGUUUAUGUUUAUAGCUAUUAUUUAUUACUGACUAAUUAAAGGAUUAUCUUGGAAAAAUGGUGGUACGUAACUAUAAUCAAGAACUAGAGUAUCUAGAGAAAAUAAAUUCAUAUUGCUGGAAAAUAAAGAAAGGUUUUCAACCUAACAUGAACGUUGAAGGAGUCUUUUAUGUUAAUCAAACACUGGAAAAACUUAUGUUAGACGAAUUAAGAAACGCUUGCAGACCAGGUAUGGUUGGAGGUUUCCUACCAGGUGUAAAACAGAUUGCAAAUGUUGCAGCUCUUCCAGGAAUUGUUGGUAGAUCUGUUGGUUUACCUGAUAUCCAUUCUGGAUAUGGUUUUGCCAUAGGAAAUAUGGCUGCUUUCGAUAUGGGUGAUCCAAAUUCAGUAGUUUCUCCAGGAGGCGUAGGUUUUGAUAUAAAUUGUGGCGUUAGAUUAUUAAGAACGAAUCUGUUUGAACAGGAUGUUCUACCUGUUAAAGAACAACUUGCACAAAGUUUGUUUGACCACAUUCCUGUUGGUGUAGGCUCAAAAGGAAUUAUUCCAAUGAAUUCCAAAGAUCUUGAAGAAGCUUUGGAAAUGGGGAUGGACUGGUCGUUGAGGGAGGGCUAUAUUUGGGCAGAAGAUAAGGAACAUUGUGAGGAAUAUGGCAGAAUGUUAAAUGCAGAUCCAUCUAAAGUUAGUAUGAGGGCCAAGAAAAGGGGACUACCACAGUUGGGAACUUUAGGAGCUGGUAAUCAUUAUGCAGAAAUUCAAGUAGUAGAUGAGAUUUAUGACAAGUGGGCUGCUUGCAAAAUGGGUAUCGAAGAGGUUGGCCAAGUAUGUGUUAUGAUUCACUCAGGUAGCCGAGGAUUUGGUCACCAGGUCGCAACUGAUGCUCUGGUUCAGAUGGAAAAAGCAAUGAAAAGAGAUAAUAUCGAAACUAACGACAGACAAUUGGCCUGCGCCAGAAUAAACUCAGUUGAAGGCCAAGAUUAUCUGAAAUCGAUGGCCGCAGCCGCUAAUUUUGCCUGGGUCAAUCGAAGUUCUAUGACAUUUUUAAGUAGACAGGCAUUUGCCAAGCAAUUCCGAGUUACGCCAGACGAUUUGGACAUGCAUGUUAUCUAUGACGUUUCUCAUAACAUAGCCAAAGUAGAAGAACAUAUUGUGGAUGGCAAACAAAAAACACUUUUAGUACAUAGAAAGGGUUCUACAAGAGCAUUUCCACCACAUCAUCCACUAAUUCCAGUAGAUUACCAGCUAACUGGCCAGCCAGUGUUAAUAGGUGGUACUAUGGGAACUUGUAGCUAUGUUAUGACAGGCACUGAGCAAGGAAUGCUUGAAACAUUUGGGUCUACGUGCCAUGGCGCGGGUCGUGCAUUGUCUCGAGCCAAGUCACGCAGAAAUAUUGAAUAUACCGAGGUUUUAAGGCGACUGGAGGACAUGGGAAUAUCCAUCAGGGUUGCUUCGCCCAAGCUGGUCAUGGAAGAAGCGCCCGAAUCAUAUAAAAACGUAACGGAUGUGGUAAAUACUUGUCACGCGGCCGGUAUAUCCAAGAAGGCCAUUAAAUUAAGACCGAUCGCAGUUAUUAAAGGCUAGUCAUUUUGUUAAUCUCACUCACACCAGGCUUCACUCAUUAAUUUAUAUACAUUUAUAUUUUUUUAAUUGACAUGCUUGCUAAUUUACAUGUUAAUUGUUUGAAUGGUCGUUAAUUUCAUUCAAUUAAAUGAAAGUACGAUGUUUUG